ACCCACUGCUGCUCCAAUCCGGGCCGCUGCAGUCCUGCUUUAAGAGCUGAGGGAUGUGACAGCUGGACUCACAGAGACUUCAGGUCAACCUUGUGCAGAGCUCCGGUCAUCUCCAGUCUUACAGCUGUCGUGUUUCUGCUCUAAACAUCUCAGAUGGACCGAUCCUCACAGGAGCUGUUUCUGAACUUUAUGAUUGUGUUGAUCACAGUUCUGCUCAUGUGGUUACUGGCCAAACAAUAUCAGGACGCAUGAGGAGCGAAGAGCUCAUUCCUCCUCCUCAUCAUCCUCAUCGUCCUCAGCUGUGAAGAUGAGCUCCAGCACCGGACGAUGAUGUUUCUGCAGACGGAUGGAAGAUGUGCCAGUCAGGAUGGAUCGUCUCGUGAUGCCUUCAAAAGCAGCACAGUCCGUAUGGGUUAUCGUCAUGUGUUAAAUGUUAGAUGCUUUGAUACUCUGGAUGUUUAAUGUGAUAAAUUGGGAAAAACACUCAAAUUAACUGCCGAGAGAGUACCAGCAAUUUGUCGAGUGAAGACAUUGUUUUAUUGCUUUACAUAAAGAACUCUUUGGCAAUGCAA